AUGGAUGUGAAUGGACGUCGAAGAUAUUUGGAUCGCCAGCCGAUUCAACCGGCGAUCGCCAAGAGUAUAGAGGAUUGUCUGACGACGAUGAUCGUCCAUUGGGACGACGUGGCCACCGCCGAGCACCUGGCACACAUAUUCGACGAUGCCAUUGCCAUCCAAUGCAUGACCAUGUGUCUCAUGCUUAGACUGACCGCCUGCAUGAAGGGUGGCGCAACCCACUCACUGGACACUCUAUCGUCGCGAACACAUUGCAAUGUCCAAGGACUAAGAUUGUUGAUGGACAAGAUGGUCAAAGAUGGUCUCGUUCAAAUGCACUCCAUGGAUGGCUACAGUCUCGGCAACUCAUUGGCGUGCGGCGCCAAUAAUGGACAGCAUGGCACACACAAGGACAUGUCUUGCGACUCGUCCACCAACAUCAUUGAAUGGGUAUGCAACCCAUCAUUCUCGGCCACGCUGACAAGGUUCGCGAGGUAUGGCAAUACAUUGAUCAGUGAUGUGGACCUGCGGAGCCGGUUCCUCAAGUUGACCUAUGCGACGGCCAUGCGCCACAAGGAGGCACAGGCACGACGCUAUCGCGAGAUCUCCAGCAAGUUGAACACAAUCAACACGGGUACCCCUGGCGCACGCAGUGUCGCCACUAUAUGUGGUGGCGGCUAUUGUAACCUGGCGUUCAGGAUCGCGCGCGAUCAUCCUGGAAUACAUGUUGUUGCCUGGGAGGACUAUCACACAGUGCGCCAGAGUCUGGAGAUCGCGGCCAAGGAUGAGCAUAUGAAGGCCAUGCUCGAGUGUCGUCGCUUGGAGUUUGGCAUUGUGCGAGGCGAGCUGGAGCUGCCAGGCAGCGAUGAUAUAUACAUACUCCACCGCCUUCUUCAGACGCGCACGAGCGACCAGGCAACGGUGAUCAUGCAGAGCGUGUCCAAGGCAAUGGCGGCCAAACAAAUGAAUGAUGGCGGCUCGCCAGUUCUGCUCCUCAUCGACAUGGUGCUUCCAGGAGGUGCCACCGAGGACAACUCACAGGACCACCACGGCCGCCUGUCGAACCACAAUUGGGACUACAGUAGCCUGGUGGCCAUGAGCAUAGCCACGUGCCAUCACAGGACGAUUGGCGCGUGGCAAUCAAUAUUCCAGGCGUGUGGCCUGAGGAUGCGCGAGUGUGCGCCCCUGGACACAGGGGGUGGGCCUUCGGCAGUACCCUUGCUGCACAUCAUGACGCUAGUGUUGGCCGAUGGGCCAGUGCUGGCGCUCGCACCCGACCAAACAGCCAAUGCCGGCUUAGUAGAGGCCGGACUCAUUAGUCCAAGAAGAAGGUUGAUACAAGGCUUAGGAUUUGGCUUUGGGUCU